AUGACUCUAGCUCUUGCUGAGGAAAAGUUCUUCUGCCAGAGAUCAAGAAUCCAAUGGUUGAAAUAUGGAGAUAGUAACACAGCGUUCUACUUUAAAAUGGUAACAACACGAAGAUCAGACAACCAAAUUCACUUCCUUAUUGGUAGUGAUGGUCGUAGAAUCGACAACAGAUCUGAGAUUGAGGAACAUUGUGUUGCGUUUUUUAAAGAUCUGUUGGCAAAGGAGUCCACUCCCCUUACAGCACCAGACCGUGAUCUUAUUGGUUCUCUUAGUGCUUUCCGUUGCACACCUGAGAUGCAAAGCAUGCUGAUUGCUGAGGUCUCUGCUGCAGAGAUAAAAGAAACGGUCUUUGCUCUUCCUAUUCUCAAGCAAUGGAACUGUACUAUUAUCACCCUUAUCCCUAAGAAGGUAAAUGCCGACAAGAUCUCUGAGUUUAGGCACAUAUCUCUCUGCAAUGUCUUAUACAAGAUAAUCUCUAUGAUUAUUGCAAAGCGGCUAGAGAUUAUUCUUCCCUCCAUGGUAUCUCCUCAUCAAUCAGCUUUUGUCAAAGGGCGUCUGCUUAUUGAGAAUGUCUUGCUGGCCACGGAAAUGGUUCAGAAGUUCAACCAGAAAAAUAUAUCCAGUCGGGGGGUUCUUAAAGUAGAUCUUCGGAAAGCUUUCGAUUCUCUACGGUGGGACUUCAUUAUACAAGUUCUGAAAGCAGCUCAGUUUCCUUCCACCUUCAUCAAUUGGAUUCAGCAGUGUAUAACUACCACCAGCUUCUCAAUCAAUGUCAACGGAGAUCUAUGUGGCUUCUUUAAAGGGGAGCAGGGCGUGAGACAGGGGGAUCCGAUCUCACCUUAUCUGUUCAUCAUUGCAAUGGAGGUGUUCGGGAGACUUCUUGAACGGAAAUUCGAAGAUGGAAGCAUUGGAUAUCACCCUAAGGGGCAAGAUCCCAAGAUUUCUCAUCUAGCUUUUGCUGAUGAUGUGAUGGUUUUCUUUGAUGGCUCCCAUAAUUCUUUAAAUGAGCUCAGCUCAACUCUGGAAACCUUCCACCGGCUCUCAGGUCUAGAAAUGAACAGAGAAAAAUCUGCGUUGUACACAGCUGGAACAGAUGCUGAGGAACAAGAAAGCCUUGCGGCCUUUGGUUUCACUCAGGGAUCCUUCCCUUUUCGGUAUUUAGGGCUCCCUCUUACCCACAUGAAGCUACAGAAAUCUGAGUAUUCUCCUCUAUUGGAUGCAAUAUCUAAUAGAUUCAACCACUGGACAACGAAAGCCCUGACUUUUGCUGGCAGGUUACAGUUAAUAUCUUCGGUUAUCUGCAGUACUGUCAACUUUUGGAUCUCCGCCUUCAUGCUGCCAAAGGCUUGUAUCAAGCAAAUUGAAGGUAUGUGCAAUCACUUCAUGUGGUCUGGUGAUAUUGCAAAGAAACAUGGAGUGAAAGUUGCUUGGAGCACUGUCUGCCAGCCUAAGGAAGAAGGCGGUUUGGGACUAAGAAACUUCAGCCUCUGGAAUAAAACCCUUAACCUGAAACUUAUCUGGCUUCUUUUCUCCAACUCUGACUCCCUGUGGGUUGCCUGGAUGAGAAAGCAUAAUCUAAAAGAUCACCGCUUCUGGAGCGCACCAGCAAUGGCUACUAGCUCCUGGAUCUAG